AUGAGGUUUUUUAGGAGAUCGAAUAAGGGGUCUUCCCUUCAGGAGACUUCGCAACAGCUGGAUGCCAAGAUAGCGUCUGUAGAUAAGAAGAUCAAGAACUGCAAUGCGGAGUUGGCAAGCAUAAAGGCAUUGUUGGAUACGUGCAAGGGUCCUGGAGCGGUGGCUGCGGCCAAACGCAAAGCCUAUCAGGUCCUACAGCGGCGCAAAGUCUAUGAAACCCAACGGGAGCAGCUUUCUAACGUGCUACUGGCUGUGGAUCAGUGUGAACACAUAUCUAGCCAGGUACAGACCGCCGUUGAUAUGAGGAAUGCGCUUUCCUCAUCGAUUAAAACGACACAAAAGCAGCUGAAAGAUGCAAAACUCGGUGAUUUGGAGCGUCUUCAAGAUGAGAUGGAGGACUUACAGGACUACACAAACGAUAUCCACGAGUCGUUCGAUCACUCUUAUUCGAUCCCUGAUUUUAUGGAUGAAGACGAGCUGGAAUUAGAAUUGUCGACACUCGAUGACACCGAUGCUUCCGCAUCUUCGGGCAUCGGGAUGUACGGUGGAAUUGUGGAUCGACUGAAUGGUCGGUUAUCUCUAUCACAGCAUUGUCAAUACCUUGCAGGAAAUGUCGCAUCUAAUGUAGAAGGUAUUUGUUCAUCACAUUGCUUGCCACAUGUAGCUUUAGGCGUGGCGAUACCAUCACCUCCAAAGGUCGACGCUACAGCGCAACAAAAUGACUCUAAGAUUCAAAACUAG